CCUGGCCUUGGACAAUACUGUUUACCGAAAGUGUCCAUUGGCUUUAGGUAAUAUAACCUGACAAAUGAUGACGUCAAUUUGUUUUAAAAACAGUUAUGACGUAUCAAGCCUGGUUAAAAUCGUAUAAAAACAUCGUGUGAUAAUGUCAUUACAAAUGACACAAGAACUUGCCAUUAUCUAACGACCUGCCAAAUUUCAACCUAAUCAAACCAAUCCUUUUAGAGAUUUACGACAAAAAGUGCAACUCAAAUGACACUUCACAUGACCCCUGAUGACGUUAUAAAUAUAAAACUUCAUACACAAUGUGUCUACUUGAUGAUCAUGUGUAUCACUUUGCAAGUGAUUACAAAAAGCUUCCACACACACCUUCUCAAGAUACAUUUUUAACAGUUUCAUCCUGCCACUAGAGGGCGCUCUUUUAUAUUAUGCCAUCAUUGGUAUUUUCUUAAAAUUGACGCUGGCCACACAUUAACAGCCUUAAUAGCAUCUUCAUAACUUUUGCCACUUUAAUUACAAGGACACUUCGGAGUUCGAACAGAACUAGAGGUCAAGUGAGGUUAUGCACAACUUUAACGAAAACAAGAGUCAUCUGCUUUAAAAAUGCCACCAAAAUGUUACAAAAUGGCGCGCACAAAUAAAAAAAAUUGAACUAGGAGGUUUUGAGAAGAUCCCCAAUAUCAGGAAAAACCCUUACUAAUAACACACUCACUUGACAGAAUUCUGUUGAUUGCACAUCACCAGUUUUUACGCAUGACUAAGCCUGGGCAACUCUACUUGACUAGUUGCGCUUCAAAAAGUUGAGACUUUGAGACUAGUCACAACUUAUUUUUAAUUCCCAAGUUGCUUUACGGCAUAUUUUUGCCACAGCGCAAUAUUGUAAGAGUCUCACUUAAACAAUUGAAGGUUUGUGUCACUAAUGAUUGUAUUUUGAAGUAAAUUAUGUUGGCGUGACUAAUGAGCGACACAAUUGCUUCACCAAGCAGGAAGUUGCAGCUAUUUUUGUAGUAGUCCAGGCGGCAUAAUUAAUUGGGGUAGUUGAAUAACGGUAGCCUCGACUUGACUAAACAAACUAUAGUUCAGUCAGCGCGCAGCCUACGAUAUAAUGAGACUAUUCAACAGAUUUGUUUGCAAGUGAAACCCGUUCACGGGCGUUUUGGAAAUUUGCGAGAAAAGACGAGAGUUGAGCGCUACCCCUGAAAAGGGUCACGGGAAACCCCUAAGGUCACUCGCUGAGCCAAGAUGGAUUGGUAAGUACAAUCAUUACAUUACACGCUAUGAAAACCCCGUUUUUUCAUCUUUUUAAAUACAUUUUAACGGAAAAUUAUGCCUUCAAAAUUUGCUUCAAAAUAUGCUCCUUCGUAAAUGUACCUCAGAAUUUUAAGUGCUCCUGACUGUUUCGAUAAACGGGCUCGAAAACGAUGUCGGUAUUUGUUGACAAUGCAAGUUUUGCGAUUGUUUCACACCAUUUUCAUUUCUACGGGAUCAGGGAUUUGUUCUCUUUUUUAAGUUUGAAAAUGUCCGUUUUUUCGAUUUCGGGCGUAUUUACUCUCGAAGUGUGUGACGUCACGUACAAUAAUUUUACGUGUGCAACUAUACAUCGUGCAUCACCAAUUUCGUGAUAAAAUCCUAGCCUUGGGCUGCCAAUAGAGAUGUAUUUCAUCGUGCAUCAACAAUUUUGUGGUAAAAUACUGGGCUUUAUUAAACUAAAAAAGAGAAGAAGUGCAUCAUGCAUUACCAAUUUCAUGAUAAAAUCCUUGGCUUGAACAAACUGAAAAAGAGAUGUAUUGCAUCGUGCAUUACCAAUUUCGUGAUAAAAUUCCCAACUUUUUUUAGCAAGUGUGAACAAAAUUGCUCUUCCAACCUGAUAAUAUGAAUAAAUACUCAGUAAAUACUAUUAUUAUUAAAUUUUAUUUCAAUACAAUAAUGCAGACACUCUACAAAGUACAAGAACAAAAGCCAGUACACUACAUUCCGUUCGUCAUGGCCAUAAUCAUGGCAGCUCGUAUUUUCUCUGUCGAUUUAGUUUUGCAAAAUAGUCAUAAAACAGGAACGGACAGAACUUGUUCUUUAUUCACUCAAUUUAUUCUUUAGAACUUACCGGAAUGUGCUUAUUUUGUUCCCUUGCCUUGAGAGUUGACAAAUGUAAACAACAAUAUACUUAAUUUAAAUUACUAAGUAACUAAAUACUACUUGUGUGUGAAGUGUUUUGUAUACAAAGGCAAUGGCCAUGUAACAUGAUGGCCAUUCCUUCUUUCUGUAGACAUUUUAAAUCGAUUGUCAUGUAUAGUUUUUACAUUGUAGAUUGUACAUGAGAGUGAUUGAUUCUUUGCAUAGUUUUAUGCGCAGCUUAGCCAAAUAGUUUGCAAACACUUAGUCCACCCUUCCCCUCUCAUCUGUAUUUUUUUUUUUACAUCCGUUGACAAUCACAGGCCCAGCAGUCAAGAUGACCUCCCCUACUUCAACGUGAAGAUUUUGGGAGACUCCCUGACGAGGUACGUACACCUUGAAAGUCCUUGGUUUUUGGCAGAUACUAUUACAAAGCCAGGAUGCACUGUACGUCGUAUGGUUUCGUUGUUGAAAAAGUUACAUGCAGAUCGCAAUGGUACUGGACAGAAGCCGCAUGUUGUUGUCCUACAUGUGGGUACCAACGAUCUGGAUGAGAGUGUUCUCCACAAAGACCUCCAGAACUUUGAGCAGCUGAUUUCAUUGGCAAAGGAAACGUUUCCAUCGGCUAAAAUCAUAAUAAAUUCCAUCUUGCCACGUUCUGACUUCAAAAUCCUCAACGAGAAGGGCAUCAUUCUAAAUAUGCACCUUGCUAAGCUUUGCAAGAAGGUAGGCUGCAUAUUCAUUGAUCUAACAGAGAACUUUCCUCCAGAACUUUUCUCUUGUGAUGGACUUCAUCUGAAUCAUUAUGGCAUUCGAAGGUUGGCGGAUGUCAUCACUGACGUCACCACAUCCCUACUCAUCAGAGUAAUUCCAGGCUCUCGUACAAGCUCUACCAAUCGGUUCGUUCCAAAAGAACUGCAGCUGCUUGUCAGAAAGAAAAAAAGGAAGAAAGAGCCCAUUUCGAAACCCCAAUCCUCGCCCUCAUCCGGACCCCCAUCUCCAUCAACACCGGAAACACAACUCAAAGAGAACGCAACGAGAAAACAUCCAAGGCAACCAUCAGGAAAAAAGAGAAGUGCUGCAGUCGACAGUGAUGGAUUCCAGCAGGUUGGGUGUAAAUUCACCUGUCCAUCAGUUGACCCCUACUCCCUUCCAGUUUUCCAGCCUAUGUGUCUGCCAAUGAAGGUGAUGGUUUACCACCACAAGCUGCAUGUGCUGUCGUCAUCAUGUGUCCGUCCCCCACAACAACCCACGCCAUACAUUCAGCGUAAAAAAGCUGGAGUGAAGAAGAGGCGGAGGAUGGCCCAGGCAAGGAAGAAGAGGAAAAAGAAAAAUCGAAAGGUGCUGGCUGCCUGGCCAUGUGGCAAACCUUCAUCAAUGUCAUUCAAGUACAGCAAAGACAAUCAACCAUUGCAGGGGUAAAGCGAAGAGCCCAGAGAGAAAAACCGCUUCCACAAGGGCAGGUAAAAUGCGCAAGAUGUGGAAGAGAAUGUUUUUCAUUUAUGCAAGUGCAGUCAUUAAGAAAUGAGCAGGUUAAACUGUGGUUCAAAACAAACUCCAAGUUGAGUGACACUGACUUUAUUUGUAAGGCUUGUAAAAUUUCUGUUACAAAAAAACAAACCAAUCCUGAAUACACACCAGAGAAAUCCCGUAAAAAAAAGAGAGUAGUAUGUGCCUUAUCCAAUUUUAACUUGUGCACUUUAACUUCUUCUCACACUGUGGAAUGUUCUAAAGAGAUUUUCAAUACUUGUUUCGCUGUUGAUGAAACGGAUGAGAUAAAGACCAUCCCUCUUUGCCUUUAUAGAACAACAUUUCGUUCUCCACCGU